UGCCCAUACAAUAUGGAGAGUGUCCCGACGAUUGGAUAGCAUGGGGAAGCAGUUGUUAUUUCUUUGAGACUAAGAUGGUCGACUGGGACACAGCAUCUUACUUCUGCCAGAGUGAACGUUCUGGCUCCCUCGUUAGCAUUCACAGCUUUGACGAAAACGAUUUCAUCUUGAACAAAUCCAAGAGCGCACUGACUGGGGACUACAUGUGGAUUCGAAUGCGCAGAGAAAAAGAUGGAUUUCUAGACUGGGCUAAUGGCCCAUUGGACUUGGUGAACUAUGCAAAUUGGGCAAACCAAGAACCCAACGGGGCUUCAAUCAAGGAGGAUUGCAUGCAAAUGUCACUGAAACAAAACCCAGGCAAAUGGAGAGACACUUCUUGCAAGACCACAGCCAGCUACCUAUGCAAGAGACCACAGAUCUCAAUCAACCUACCGUCUCAGGAGUUCUCAAGAUCCCACAUUGUUAUCUCACCCAUCUAG